CUCACUUCUGUCUGGUAGUCAGGAGGGAUUUAGCGGUGCUGGGGCGCAUCAUCAGCCACAUCAGGCUGAAAUAAGUUGGACUUUAUUCCUCCUUCAUCCUCAGGAUCGAUCAGUUCAUCAUUUGCAUACAGCUCCGCAAGAAUGGACCUGCUGCCUGACUUCUGGAGGGAGGACUACUGGCUUCCUCCAGGUGUGACCUGGAGAGACGUGGAACAGUUGUCAGACUCAGACCGACCGUUACCCCAGGACCUUCUCAUAGCCCUGCCUCUCGCACUGGGCUUUGUUGCCCUUCGCUACGUGUUUGAGAGGUUUUUGGCCCCACCCAUGGGCAGAUGUGUGGGGUUGAGGUAUAGAAGACAAGUGACUGCUGCCCCCUCCCCGAAGCUGGAGUCGUUUUACACCCAGAGGAGCAGACAGCCAACACAAAGUGAAAUUGUGACUUUGAUGUCGCUGUGUGGCAAAACCCAGAGGCAGAUCGAGACCUGGUUCAGACUUCGCAGGAAUCAAGACAGGCCCUGUCGAUCCAAGAAGUUUGGUGAAGCUGCUUGGAGGUUCUUUUUCUACCUCACAGCCUUCAUAGGUGGACUCGCCUGUUUGAUAGAUAGACCAUGGUUCUGGGACCACAGGGAAUGUUGGAGGCAAUAUCCAUAUCAGCCCAUGGAGAAAGCUCAUUACUGGUACUACAUGCUGGAGUUGGGUUUUUAUGGCUCUUUGCUCCUCCGGAUCUAUGUGGACAUCAAGAGGAAGGAUUUUAAAGAACAGGUGAUCCAUCAUUUGGCUACCAUCUUCCUGCUCAGUUUCUCCUACUGUGCCAACUACAUUCGCAUCGGCACCUUGGUCAUGCUGCUUCAUGACUCUGCUGACAUUCUGCUGGAGUCUGCCAAGAUGUUCAACUACGGCACUGGCUGGAGGAAAACGUGUGACACACUGUUUGUUGUGUUUACUACGGUCUUCCUCGUGACUCGACUGGUGAUUUUCCCCAGCAGAAUCAUCCAUACCACCCUGGUGCUGUCCAUGGAGGUGUUUGAACCUUUUGCUGGCUACUACUUUUUCAACGUCCUCCUGAUGGUGCUGCAGGGUCUUCACAUCUUCUGGGCUGGCUUAAUCUUACGCAUGGUUUAUAAAUUCCUGACAGGCAAGCUGGAUAAAGAUGUGCGCAGUGAUGAAGAGAGCGAGGUUGAAGACGAAGGGGACGAUAGAGGAGGAGAGGAAAAUAUGGAUCAAGGAGGAGAUUAUUGUUGGGAGAGAAGUAAAGACACCUUGAACAACAAACUGUCUAUGUUGACCAACAGUUGCGUCCUCAAUAAUUUGACCAACCACAGGGCAUCUGUAGCUGACAGGAUGCGCAAAGCUCAGUAAAGUCUUGAUGUUUUUCAUUUACAUAAAGUCCCAGUUUUUGUGUCCCAAAAUAAACAGCCAUGGUUUACAUGUAGAGUGACAUUUGAUGGAUGUGAUCUUUUAGACUCCUCACCACAGUUUCUGUAUGCUGAGGCCACUGUGCUUUACGUUUAACGAAGCGUGUAAAUAGACAGGUAAAGCUAUGAGAGUUUGAUUAGUGUUUGUAAAAUGUUUAGAUAGCAGAGGAUAGUUUCGAUCUAUCGACCUCUGGGUUAUGGGCCCAGCACGCUUCCGCUGCGCCACUCUGCUAUGCACCCCAGAUGGGACUCGAACCCACAAUCCCUGGCUUAGGAGGCCAGUGCCUUAUCCAUUAGGCCACUGGGGCUUUGACAUCUGCUGUGAAACCACUGUGAAUGAUUCAUUGUUUAGUGACUGUAACACUGACAAUGUGGACCUUUUUAACUAACUCAUUUAUGGAAUGGUAGUCUGUGGCCCAGUUUACGCCUGGUAUUAAUGUUUGUCUUGGGUGAUCCAAUCACAAGUGGACAGCUGUAAGUCUGUCUGUUCAUAUCUUUUGUUAGAAUGAGUCUCCAUUUGCAUCUUGAGUAUGGUCAGGUACUGAACUUGAGGCCACUGUGCUCCACAUUUAACAGAGAGUGGAAUUAGUCGAGUAAAGCAGUGCGAGUUUGAUGAUUAGUGUUUGUAAAAUGUUUAGAUAGCAGAGGAUAGUUUCGAUCUAUCGACCUCUGGGUUAUGGGCCCAGCACGCUUCCGCUGCGCCACUCUGCUAUACACCCCAGAUGGGACUCGAACCCACAAUCCCUGGCUUAGGAGGCCAGUGCCUUAUCCAUUAGGCCACUGGGGCUUUCACAAUUGCUGUGAAACCACUGUAAAUGAUUCAUUGUUUAGUGACUGUAACACUGACAAUGUGGACCUUUUUAACUAACUUAUUUAUGGAAUGGUAGUCUGUGGCCCAGUUUACACCUGGUAUUAGUGUUUGUCUUGGGUGAUCCAAUCACAAGUGGACAGCUGUAAGUCCGUCUCUUCACACCUUUUGUUAGAAUGAGUCUCUGUGUGCACCUUGAGUAAGGUCAGGUACUGAACUUGGUGCUUUAAUUAAGGGUUCUGAUGGAAUUACAUUGAUACUGUUCCAAAUAAAUUAGUGCCAAAUUUCAGUACGUAAGAGCACACCUGGGUGGAUGCUGGGUUCAGACAGGAUGAUGAAGCACCAGGAAGUGCCCCAAAGCUGGAAACCCACAUUACAGUAUACACUGCUGAAACACUGUGGCCAUAUACAGUCCAGACCACCUCCAAAUGUGGUCUGAGUGCUCAGAUCUCAAGACGCAUUGAGGCACAUUUGCUGCAUUCACACCUGUAUUUAGACAUACUGUAUCCACUUGUGAUCCAGUCACCCAGGACAAGUGUUAAUACCAGGUGCAAACAGGGCCUGUGUGUGUAGUAAAAUCUGGGAAUUGUGAAGUUAGAUGCCUGAUGUUUCUCUUCAUUACAGCCCACAAAUUGUUUACAUUGUUUGUCACACAGCAAGUUCACAAAGCACAUUUGUAGACAAAAAGAGAUUGUGACUAAAAAAUAGCACAAUAGCAAAAAUAGAUGUAAACUUGCUGAUGUAAAACCCAGUACAGACAGAAGUGGUUGUUUAAUAUUGUAAAAUCAUGAAAUUGUUAUAUAACAUGCAGUAGACAUUUAAAUGAAGGAAAUAAAGUCAUAACUUUACUCUUUC